AUGGAGGAAAUGUCAGACGCUCUCUUCGAGGACGAGGGGGACGAUGACUACGCCUGGGCGAAGGCAGCGUCAGUGAUGGGUGCUCAGGCCAUGUCAGCAACUCGAGCCGCAGAAAAUCGUGACUCUCUGAGCGCCGUAGACCAGCUACGUGCAGCUGUCGAGAAGGGCAACUACGCGGCUGCCGGUCGCCUCAUCCACGAGCUGCACGACGUCGGCACGCACAUCCCUCCGUCCGAGCUAUACGCCGGCCCUCUCCUCAGCCUUCUCAAGGACUCUUACGCGCGCGAACACCCUCUCCGACAGCAUACCACCUCCGUCACCGACGCCUUCUCCGCAUGGUUCGCCCUCCUCCCGGACGCCGAGCAUGUCCAGGACCCCACGCUCCUUUCUCUCGAGGAAGUCCGGCGACAUAUAUUCCAAACCAACAUCGUCAACACCGACCUCGUCCUCACCUUCGGCCUCGCCGCCGCGCGGAAGGGCUACGCCGAGCAGGUCAGCAGCCAGCUGAUGCACUUUGCUAUGGGCGCCUUCCCCGACGUCCAGGCGGCGCUGCGGUAUAUGAAUAAAUUCUUGGAGGCGGCAGAGGAGCACCGGCGGGGGUUGCAGCCUCAGAACGCGGUCUUUCGCCCGGCGCUGAGCAUAAGGCGCAAGGUGUACAAGACGGCGCUGAGGGCGCUGGUGCGGAAUGGGCAUCACGAUGUCGCCGUUGACCUGCUGACACAGAAGAAGCGGAAGUUGGGGCAGGCUGUGCCGAAGGAGACUUUGCAAUUUGUGGCUGCUCAGUUGCAGAAGGCACGCCGAUAUGACCUUUUGGCUAAGGUCAAUCCUUUGCUGGAGGGUUCGGAAGACAAGGCGCUAGCGCACGAGCAGAGGCAGGUUGACGUUGAGGCGGCGUAUUUGCAAGAAAUUGUGGAUAAGCGGAGUGGUGCUGCUGCUGAUGACGACGCUCUCGUGAACGGUUCGCUCGCCUCCCGACUUUCUCACCUUCGCCGCGCCUUCAGCCACGGUGGGACACCGCCCACAUGCGCUACCCUGGUAAAUUUCAUGGACCAAUACUACGACUCCGGGCGGUGCCGUGCCCUGCGUCUCCUCCGCCAGCGCGCGCUCCGCAAUGGGACCGCCGCUACCACCGCCUACACCUUCGCCCAAAUGGUCUUCCUCCGCCGGCGCAAAAUGGACACUCUCCUCAUCCAGUCCUUCGCAAGCACCUUCUACCUUUCCGGCGUCCCCCGCGAGCCCAUCCUCCGCAUCCUUCAGACCGCCCCCUCGAAGCCCAUCGACUCAGCCGAUGUUGCGACCUUCGUCCCCGCCGCGCGCGAGGUCCGCAAGAAAGCCUGGCCGGACUCCCUCACCACGGCGCUCGUGUGGCACUCCGUGACCGCGCUGACCGUCGGGUGGCAGGCCGUCUCCGCGCUCUAUCACCAGCUGCUCGCCUUCGCGGCCGGGGACGCCAGCUCGGACAGCGUCGAGGGCACGGUGGGCGAGCGCAUUCCGGCGCUGAUGCCGCGCCCCGCCAUCCGCACGGAGGCCUUCAUGCCGUUCGUCCGGCGCCUGAUGCUCGGCACGGGCCUUGAAUGGGGCCCGCGUAUCUUGGAAGAUAUGCUUCGGCUGGGCAUCGCGCCGACGAUCUACCAUUUUACGGAUAUGGCGGGCGUGUACGCGCGCAAGAACGAGGUCGAGCGCGUCAUGAUGAUUGUUGACAUGGUCGAGGGCGCGGCCCUGAAGGAGGCGAGAGAGAAGGGCGAAGCGCAGCCUGCCGCUAAGGCUGUGGACGCAGCAGUUCAGGCGGGCCGCUCCGACGCGGGGUCAGAGACUAGUCGUGGUUCAUCGGCGGUCAUAGGCUCUCACUCUAUUGCUUCAGAGGCUGCGCAGGAAGCUUCUCGCCUGGACGAAAUCCCACUCAAUGUAUCAGCUCACCAGCCGCGCAAGGCCGGUGCGCUCCCAGGCGCAGACCUCAUUUUCUACAUCUGCGUCAUCCGUGGGUUUAUCAUCGCCCGUAAUCUCGAGGGUGCGCUGGCUAUCGAGGAGCGCAUGUGGCGGCAUUAUGACUAUCAGCCCGGGAAUCCGUACUACGAGUCGUAUUUCGAGGACCUGCGUCGUAUGCAGGAGCAUUCGAGGCGCCGGCAGCAGGCGGUUCGGCAGAAGUGGGUCGCGAAAUACGGUCCCGAGCUUGCGCAGGAGAAGGUCGACGUAGCCAUAAAGGAGCGGUCGGAGAGGGUCAGGAAGUUGUACGGAUUGACGGACGCGGAGGCCUUGAACAGCGUACACUACGGCCCGCAUGGCCUGGGUAAAGUCAGGAAAGAUUCACAGGCUGACAGUGCCUAG